CACAAACUGUCAAAAAUGUGAAUUGAAUAUAAAUAAGCUAUAUUAGAACCUUUUUAAAAGGCGUAAUUUCUUCCGAUGCAUAUGUCUUACAGCAAUAAGGUUUCUAUUCUAAAACAAGAUGCCUUUUAAGCUAAAGCUUAAAAAAUCAAGGCACUACAGUGUAGUGUCAAAGUCAUUGUUUGUUAUAUCAGUGGAAAUACUUGAUGGAACAAUAGUGGAAUGUACACUAUCUUCGGAAAGUACAGGCCAGGAUUGCCUCGAUGUGGUCUCUCAAAAAUUAAAUUUAAACCAGCCCUAUUUUUUUGGCUUACAAUAUAUAAGUCGAAAUUGUGAAAAUUCUUGCUGGCUAGAACUGGAUAGGCCUCUAAAGAAACAAUUAGAUAAAUAUGCAAGGGGCCUAAAUGUAUUUCUAAAAGUUAUGUACUAUGUCAUAUCUGGGGUCAGACUUAUCAAUGAUGAAAUUACAAGAUAUCAUUACUUCCUCCAACUGAAAAUGGACGUGAUCGAGGGUCGAAUAUCUUGCAGCCCUCAGCAGGCUGUGGAACUGGCGAGCUACUCGAUGCAGGCCGAGUUCGGAAACUUCGACGCCGAACGGCACACCGCCCACUACCUCAAAGACUUUCAACUGUUUCCGAAAACGUUUAACGAUUCCGCGAUCCUGGAGCAGCUGACCGAAGCUGCGAGUAGGCAACACGCGGCGCUUCACAGCCUGCCGCAAGGCACCGCAGAGGAGUACUACAUAAGCGCUUGUCAGAAGUUGAACGGUUACGGGCAAGAAUAUUAUUCCGUUAAGGAUAAGUCUGGAGAAUCGGCAAUGAUCGGGGUGUCGCUAGUUGGGGUUACGGUCAAGUAUGUAAAUACUAAGGAAUUGCGACACUAUGGGUGGUCAGAUAUAAGUAAUGUAAUAAAUCAUAAACGAGAUUUCACAAUCGAAUCAGUGGGUGGGGUGGAGAAAGUAGAGUUUCAGUUUCCGGACGUGGAAAGUGCCAAGAAUGGAUGGAGAUUUUGCGUUUUGCAACACAUGUUUUUUAGACAAUAUGAAAUGAAUAACUUCGAUCAAAUCGACAACAAAGGUGUAUCGCAAGCCCCACUUUUCCAGCAAGCAAAUUCAGAGGAUAAAUUACGUCAAAUCGAUAGUUAUGAAGACAUAACAAACUCUUCUCAUCAAUGGGACCGACCCGUCUCAUCAACGCAAAGUUUAAACCACAGGGCACAGUCCACGUCUUGUCUGGACUUAAAUAAGUCAACGUCCGACAUGGAAACGUUACGUAAUUUGUUGCCUUCCUACAGACCGGCUCCGGAUUACGAGACGGCCGUGCAGCAAAAAUAUCGCAAUUCUUCGGGUGCGAUAGCGGCCCGCGAACCCUUACGCAACGCCCACCCCAUACUGUACAGUUCGCAACCCGAAAUACACCAGGCCGACACGUUCGCCGCCCACCUGUGUUAUCCGGACGUGACGCAUAAUAACAUCGAGCAGAAGAAUUUGCUGUACAAUUCCGCUUUCACGCAGUCGCAAAUAUUGGCGAAUACAACGCACGCUCGCAACGUCGUAGAUGUGGCCGACAACGUCGGUAUGCUGCAUCUGUAUAAACCGCCUCCUCCGUAUCCGUGCAAUCGAAUAAGCUCGAACUCCACUCCGGAUUUGGCGGGCACGACGCAGCACAUCAAACCGCAAAGUCAUUUUACCAUCAACAAUUUGGUUAGCGGCUCGAGUCCCGACCUGGUGUCCACCGGCAACUUUUAUUUAAAACCCGUGUACGCGAAUCCGGCGCAUCCGAUACACAGGUCGCAAAGUUAUCUUCCGCCGCAACACGGCACCUACGAAAAUUUGGCUUCCAUUUUCAACAACAACAUGCUGGGCAGGCCGCAGGCCGUCAUAGUCGAGAACCCGGAAAUCACGAAGCACAUCAAGAAGGUGUACGACGAGCACGGCAACGUGAUCUAUUGCAUGCCGGCCAAUAUGAAGCAAAUCCUGCAGGAAAAUCAACUGCCCAGCACCGGUUUCGUGGUCACUCGCAACCAGAACGCCUUGGUGGCUCACGACGCUCACCUCAAUAACUCUUCCGAGCCCAUAUACGAAAACAUACCGCUUCCUUGGCAAAACGACACCACGGAAAUCAGGGCUCGCACGCAGAGCAUUCAUUCUGCACCAGAAAUCAGCCAUACGCCCAACGCAGCUAAUGCAGCGGUAAAUGCCCUCCAAACGCAACUAAAGAAAAUGAACUUGGGCAGCAACCGCGGCAGCAAAGAGAACCUCUACGCCAACAUAAACCACAACGCGAGCAGCGCGAAAUCGUCAAAGACUGAAUUGAACGUCCCGCCGACGCCGUCCACCAACCUCGACGACUCCACCGGUGCCUUGAACAAGUCUUCCCAGAACCUGAACGCCUCCAAUUUUUCCAGCAGCACCAAAAUCACCCUCAACGACUCGCCCAGCGCCAUAUCGAGAGUCAGCAACUUCGCACUGACCAAGACGUCGUCGAUAAACACGACCGGCACCGCGAGUUCCUUCGGCGAGAACAGUCAAAUGUCGAACGAGACGUUCAACGAUGCCAGUUCCGCUUCCAACGCGAGCUCCAACAAGUCCAAGAAGAAGAGAUGGGGCAUACUGAUGGGGCGAAGCAAAUCCAGCGACAAAGUCAAGAGUGCAACGCUGGGAAGGGAGAAAGAGAAGAAGGACAAAAUACAGAGCAACAACAAGCACAGGUGGUCCACAGGGCUUCCCAGGUUCAAUCCGCUUCCGCCAUCCAUCAGCAAAGAAACCAUGUGUCAACUUUUGGAAAACAAACUGGCAGACAAUCAGCUGUUCUUCGAAUUUGACAAAAUUCCGAAAAAGAAACAGAACGCCGAUUUCACCACCGCCCUGCUACCCGACAACGCAGUAUUUAAUCGCUUUAAAGAUGUCUUUCCAUAUGAAGACAACAGAUUAAGGCUCACGCCCAGUAAACAUAACAAAUAUGGAUACAUCAACGCGUCACAUAUUACGGCUACAGUUGGCAGUAAGCAAAGAUUUUACAUAGCAGCUCAAGGUCCAACUAGAGGAACGCUUCCGUACUUUUGGCAAGCAGUUUGGGAGGCAGAAGUUUAUCUUAUGGUUCAAUUAAGUGAUCCAUCUGAAGAUAUAACAUAUUUACCAGACGCUGGAGAUCGCUGCAUUGAUAUUGAUCAGGACUACCAGGUAUGGUGGGAGUUCUCCCAAACAACCGGUCAUUGCGUGACAAGCAAAGUGAGAUUGUGCCACGUAGCUUCGCGCAGAUACAGAACGAUAUGGCAUCUGCAUUACACGGACUGGGGCGACCAGGGCUGUCCCAAGUCGGUGGCGCAUUUUCUCGGUUUCCUCGAGGAAAUGCAGUCGGUGCACCAGCACUCGAUGGGCGAGAUUCCGCCCGGACACAACAAAAAUCCUCCCAUUCUGGUGCACUGCACGGCCGGCGUGGGCCGCACAGGAUUGACGAUACUAAGCGACUUGCUGUUGUACACAGUGGAUCAUAACCAAGAGGUUUGCAUACCAAGAGUUGUAGGAUUACUUCGCCAUCAAAGGGCCUACAUUCUACAGACAGUAGCUCAGUAUAGAUUUGUAUAUUCUUUGUUAAUACAUUACUUAAAACAAACAAGACUUAUUUAGUAGUUUUUUUAGGUAUUAAGUAUUUUGCUUUAAAAAUUGACAAUAAUUAUUUGAAUCUCUGUGUUAUGAGUUUUUAUUGGUGAUGUGGCGGAUUGUCCAAAGUUAACUUGGAGCAAUCAAAAAUAAAAUUUAAUCAUGAGACAAAAUUUGUUAGGUUUUUUACCUAACAAUUUGUUGUGGUAUUUCAAGAAAAAAUAAACUAAACGGAUACGGAUAUUCGCCACAUCACAUUAUUAAGAACUAUUGUUAUUUAUUUGGCCAGUUUUAUUGUUAUAAAACAUAAAAUUAUCUUAAGGGUUUUCCUUAGAAUAAUUGUGUGAAAGUUUCAUUUCAUUAAACCAUUGUGCCAAACACUAACAAUUUUUAUUAUACAGGGGGUCCAAAAAUACAUGUACAACAAAUCUUUAAAGCCCUGUAUGGGCUAAGCAAAGCAUUUUUAAAUAUAGGAAUAAAACCAUAUAAGCAACAUAGUAUUAUGCUCUACAAGUAUUUUCAGGGCUCCCUGUAUAAUGUUAACUACUUACAUU